UUGAUGGUUGACUGCUUCUACAACUUCAACCACCAUUGCUAGCUAGCUACUGUCAUCAUUCUACAAAUUAUCAUCUCGUCACCCCCAAAUUCAUAUAAACCUUUAAAACUCUACCAAGUUGAAUAAAGAGACAAUCUGUCUUCGUGGUUUCUUCUUUUCAGUUUUGACCACAAUUAACUGAAUGGUGCUUUAAUUCCAAAAGCCCUCUCUCUCUCUCUCUCUGCAUUCAUUGAUAGAAAGCAAGGUGACCCACAUCAUCAUGUUCGGUUCUGGCUUUUGGAUUGGUUCUGAUUUGAAGGGUCAUAUUGAAUUGGCAUGAGAAUUUGUUUGGUGGGUGCUUUAAUUGUGGUGCAAGCACCUCAGCCAAAAGGGUUUAGGUGUUCCUUUUCAAUUUGAGAUAAAGUUGGCAUCUUUUUACCAUUUAUUUAGGAACACUCGUCUAGUUUUAGUUUCCACUGUUUUUGCUCUUCUGGGACGAUUUCGGAUAGGGAUAAAAUUGGCUCUGGUUUUGAUCAUCAAAGAUAUUUGGCAAAACUGUGUUGCAAAGAGAUUCCUUUUUUUGUGUGUGGCAUGAACGUCAAAGGGGGUUUCUAAUCUGGGAAACCUGUUUCUUCUAUGGGAAAUCAUGCCGAAAUUGUUGAAGGACUGCUGCCAACUCAGACCUUCAAGGUGCACGCUCAAAUGUGUUCAGAACUAUUUAAGGUGGUCGUUCGAGUUUCAAAGAACUUUCCAGAAAUAGAAGCAGCCCGACCUCGAUGCUCUUCAGGAAUAGAGGCUCUUUGCUUGUUAAACAAUGGUAUUGCAAAAGCCAAGUCUCUGCUGCAGUACUGUAGUGAGUCGAGUGUACUUUAUCUGGCACUUACUGGUGAUGCAAUAUUGUCCAGAUGCAAAAAGUCGAGAAAUUUAUUGGAGCAAAGUCUCUGCCAAGUUCAAUCUAUGGUCCCGGUGGCGCUGGCUGCCAAGAUUUCUGGAAUUAUUGCUGAUCUAAGUAGUGCUGCAUUCUAUCUGGAUCCGUCCGAAGAGGAGGCUGGAAGGGUUCUUCGGGAAUUGCUUCACCGAUAUGGCUCAACAGUUGAUUCGACAGAGGAAGCUGCACUUGCUGCUAUUCACACUGUUUCAUCCCGUCUUCGUAUUUCAUCAAAAAAGGCUCUACUGACCGAGAAAAGAUCUCUCAAAAAGUUGCUCGACAAGUUUGGAGAAACUGAACCAAGCAAGAGGAAGAUAUUGAUAUUCUUCCUGAAUCUUCUGAAUAAAUACGGAAAGGUUAUAGCAGAAACGCAAAAGGACAAUCAUUCAUCAGAGCGUGGCAACCAUUUCCCAGCUCCAAACCCGUAUCUUUUAACAUAUGACGUGGAGCUCCGUGCAGAUUAUCGAUCUAAUGAAGCUCAGAUCAACAUCUUGAGCAGGCCAGUGCCACCUGAGGAAUUCGUAUGCCCUUUAUCAUCGAGGCUUAUGUAUGAUCCGGUUGUCAUUGCAUCGGGGCAAACUUAUGAAAGGACGUGGAUCCAAAAGUGGUUCGACGAAGGUCAGAAUACUUGCCCCAAGACUCAUGUGAAGCUGCCUAAUAUGUCUUUCACAUCAAAUACUGGUAUGAAGGAUCUAAUCAUCAAGUGGUCUGCCAUGCAUAGUGUGUCCGUUCCCGACCCGAAAAUGCAGGAGAGACAUCUUAGGUCUUGGGAUUCCAUCAACUCCAUCAACUCCAUUGCUAGCCUGACCAAUUCCAUGAAUGAUCUGAAUCUUCCACUAGAUUACAGCAAUGUGUCGAUUGGAUCUAGUCACAGUUCAGAUUACUCGAGCACCAAGAUCAGUAACGAAACGAGACCUACUACACAUGAAAUUGACUGGGUGUUUCUAUCAAAACUCAGUACACUUCCUUGGGAUUCUCAGUGCAACGCAGUCGAGGAUGUCAAGAAGCGACUGAUGCACAAUGAUCAAUCUUGGUCGAGUAUCCCGUCAAGAAAGUUUGUCCGAACAAUCAUCGGAUUUUUGAAGGAUGCCCACGACCGCCAUGACAUGGAAGCGCAGAUAACGGGAUGUCUGCUAUUGUACGAGGUGGUGCAGAAGCAGGGAAACAGUGUUUCGUAUUUGAAGGAAGACGAGUACGGUCUGUUAGCAUCGCUUCUUGACACAGAAGUCUCCAAGCAAGCUCUCUCCAUAUUGAGUGAGCUUUCCAACCAACAAUGUGGUCAGAAAAUCGCUGCAUCGGGUGCUCUCGUUGGCAUCUUUAACAUACUCGAUAGCCAGAUUCUGGAACUGCUGGAACCAGCCUUAAAGAUACUGAGAAACCUUUCCUCAAACGACCAUGUCGGUUCCUUCAUAAUCCCUUCAAAACUGAUUCCUAAACUAAUCCCAUUUUUCGAAGACGACAGCCUGGCGAGUCACUGCAUAGCCAUUCUGAAGAACUUAUGCGACAGCGAAGAGGCUAGACUUGCUGUUGCUAACACAGAUGGUUGUAUUGCUGCAAUCGCCAAACUACUCGAGAGAGAGAAUCGGGAGGACCAAGAGCACGCGGUUUCAAUACUACUCAACAUGUGCUCUCAGCGAGCCGAGUUCAGUGAGUUGGUGAUGGAGGAGGGCGUCAUCCCCGACCUCGUUAGCAUCUCUGUCAACGGGAGCAAGAGAGCAGCUGCGAUGGCGAUGGAAAUGCUGCGGAUUCUGAAAGAGGAUACGGCUGGAGAAAACUCUGGAGCAGAUGCUGCUAGUGUAAUAGAGUCUACCCCACAGAGGUAUGACAGAAACACUCCUAAAGCAUCAGGAUUUUUGGGCAAAUUUUUCUCUAAAUCAAAUGGGAAGAAGAAAAAAGAAGUAAUGAGGUAGUGCUUGGGAAUAUGGUUUGUUCAUUAUAUGUAGCUGUUUGAGAAUAUAUUGAUAUACAGUUAGCCAGUUAGGUGUAUAUAAUUAUUUUCAAAUUGGAUUCAAGAUUUAUAGUUCACGUAUAUACACAUUGAUGCCAACAUUCAUAACAAA